AUGCCUACCCCACUUAUCAUCUCACCAUCCGACCCGAUCAUCUCCCACCCAGACACCGUCAUCUUGGACGCGUCUUGGCUUUACGAGCCCGAUCCGCCCACACGAGAUGCAUACAAGGAGUUUUUGGAGGGUCCACGAUUCCCGGGAGCAAGGUUCUGGUCCUUGGAUGAUGUCUCGGAGCCUCAUCCAGAAGGAUACGCUUUAAUGCUGCCUUCUCCUGAAAGAUUCGCCAGGUUUGCCGGUGAACAUGGUAUCGGUCAAGACUCACACGUGGUCGUGUACGAUAGCGAAGGAGUAUUCUCAGCUCCUAGAACUGCAUGGACCUUUAAGGUCUAUGGCCACGCAAAAGUGUCUUUGAUCGAUGGAGGACUACCUCGAGCCAAAGCAGAGGGAGUGAAUUUGGAAGCGGGUCCUCCGCAGGAAUAUAAGAUUGCUUCGAGAACAGCACCGUUAGAAGAUGGGACUGUUCUGAUUGACGCGCGACCGGCCGCUUCGUACGAAUCAGGUCAUAUACCCACUUCCCUUCUGUUUGAUUUUCCCGAGGCUCUUCUCAAACAUCCCGCUGGGUAUACUUAUCUACGAGAGCCAGAGAAGCUUAAGAAAUACUUUAUGGAAAAAAUUGGUGUACAAGCAGCGAAUAAAGUGUUCUCGGGGGAGUCUACAGUGGUUAACAUCAAGAUCAUUGGACCGAACCCAUUGUAG